UGUUGCAAACGGGUUAUCAAGAUAUCAGUAAUUAGGUCAUAUGUUAAUGAAUAACCAAAUCUUUUUUUUUUUUUUUUGUCUUAUAGUCGAGUGUGUUUGGACUCGUGAACACUUGUUUCAACUCAACAAUGACAUGUACCUGACUAUAGUGAAACUAAGUGUCGAACUGAGCGAUACCAAUGUCUCGUAUUGCUUAAUGCAAUGCCAGGCCCUCAACGGAGAGUGCAACAGUAUUCUCUUCAAUACAGACACCAGACAGUGUAGCUUAGGUUCAAAAAUAGAGACUACAGCUACAGCCAGGGACACAUCGACCUUCUUGCUGUACCAUGCUAGAGCCUGCAACAAAACAGAUGGAUUUGAAAAGUUUGCAGACGACAUGACAACAGCCUGCGUGUGGAUAUCCACGAAUUCUCUUAGCUACGUAUUGGCCUACAGAGACUGUCAAUACAGGAAGUCUCAUCUGUUUGCCCCAAGAGACGUGAACAAGUUUAAUUUGUUCGAUCACGUGAUGUUCAGCUACAACACCACUCUGUGGGUUGGUUUGGAUGACUCUGAGGAGGAAGGCGUCUUCAGGCUGGCAGACGAUGGCUCCAUAUUGAACCCAAUUCUUUAUCCGGCAAUGUUCAAAACAGGUCAACCUGACAAUGGCAACAACAGCGAGGACUUCGUCUUCUAUUAUCCAGGCACCAGGCGAUUUAAUGACGUCAACGCACGCACAACUGCCAGAUAUGUUUGUGAAAUAUCCAUUUUUGUAUAAAACUAUUUUCUAUGAGUUGUUUGAUUGCUGGUUUUGUAACUAGUACUGCUAGUAACCGAUGCAGGUGAAUUCAAGAACGACUUGGUUAAAUAAAACUUUAUGUAACUUUUAGUAGCAAUAUAUACACAGAUUUGACUUGGGAAGUAGAUGUAUGGAGAAAGAAAGAAAACUUAUACAGGCGACAUGAUAUCACGAGGAUGGGUGAACUCCGCCUUUAUUAGAAACAAAUAAAACCUUAUUUCAAGGCUAAAAAUGACGCGCCCAUUUUCAAGAAAGAGCGAUUGAAAAAUAAAAUAAAGUGAAACAUGGUCGUACUUUCACCACAGCUUGGCCUUUGAUGAUAAGUUAUCAGCGGCAUGAUCAUAAUUCUUCUAAUCGCACUUCUAUCUCUCAAAAGAUUUCCUCUACUUGCACCACACCUUGGCCUUUGAUGAUAAGUUAUCAGCGGCAUGAUCAUUAGUUUAUUCUAAUCGCACUUCUAUCUCUCAAAUGAUUUUUUACUACUUCCACCAAACCUUGGCCUUCGAUCCGGAUAAUAUUAUGAUAUUACAACCCCCACAUCCAAUAGAAGCGCUAUAGCUAAGUACACACCCAGAUUUACAAUAUAAUAUAUAAGAUUUCUCAUUAAGAAAACAAAGUGGAAGCGGAAACACUAUAAACGCAUUAGUAACAAGUCAUAAAAUGUCAAAAAGCAUUCUACAUAAUCAUAUUUAUUUAUGAAAUAUUUAAUUGGGGAUGAAGUGACCGGGGGAUGAAGUAACUGGGGGAUGAAGUGACCGGGGGACGAAAUGACUGGGGAUGAAGUGACCGGGGGAUGAAGUGACCAGGGGAUGAAAUGACUGGGGAUGAAGUGACCGGGGGAUGACGUGACCGGGGAUGAAGUGACCAGGGGAUGAAGUGACCGGGGGAUGACGUGACCGGGGAUGAAAUGACCGGUCACCAACAUGAUAUAGUGGGAAAUAAAAAAAAAUCAAGAGAGGCAACUCACAAUCAAGGGAGACAACAAAAGCAUUCAACGAUAGACCUUAUUUAGAGCUGUGAGAGAGAAAGAGAGAGAGAAAGAAAGAGUUUUAUGAUAUAGAACGAAAUUAAUGUGUCUUUUCCAUUACGUUUCUCUCGCUGUUACACCUU